AGGAGGAAUCAGGUCCAACACAGUGGGAUACAGUAGAGGGGCUCAGGACCAGCUCACACCACCUUCAAUACAAACCAAAACAGCAAAAGGCUACAACACAUCCCAGGAAAUGAUAGAAGGUGGAAUAACUUCCAGGAUGUCAGGAAUAAUUGACAAUGCUGGGCAUCAUCCAUCACCACAGGACUACAGGCUUCUGACCACGGACCCCUCCCAGCUGAGGGUGGAGGACCUCCCUGGGGACCUGCAGUCCCUGUCGUGGCUCACCUCGGUGGACAUGCCCCGGCUACAGCAGAUGGCUGAUAACAGAGGCCACAGCAAUGGACCCUCCCAGGGCAGUCUGCUGGAGCAACAGACAGCUCAACUGAACAGCAUGACGAUACCAGUGAGUCAGAGCUCCAUGCUGCACCUUCAGAGUACCAUGCAGCACAGCCCCCUGGGAAUAAGUAUUAUCAACACCCACAGCGGAAGUAUGUCCCCUUUCUCCAUGAAUGGACUGCCUUCCCCAGGGUAUCAGUGUCCUACCUCAGUGUACCAGCCUGCAUCCCAACAGGUGUACUCUCUAACCCAAACCGGCCAACAGUGCUCAGCUGGUGGACUUUAUAGCAAUGUUUCUUUCAACAACCAAAGUCUGUUCACCCAACCUCGUCUGGCCCCACAAGAACAGGAGCUUCAGCCCAAGUCUUUCCCCAAGCCAAUUUACUCCUACAGCUGUCUGAUCGCCAUGGCUUUAAAGAACAGUAAAACCGGGAGCCUUCCAGUCAGUGAGAUCUAUAGCUUUAUGAAGGAACACUUUCCAUAUUUCAAGACUGCACCUGACGGAUGGAAGAAUUCAGUCCGACACAACCUGUCCUUGAAUAAAUGCUUUGAGAAGGUGGAGAACAAAACGGGCAGCUCUUCCCGCAAGGGCUGCCUGUGGGCACUGAACCCUGCCAAAAUUGACAAGAUGGAGGAAGAGAUGCAGAAGUGGAAACGUAAGGAUCUCCCAGCUAUUCGCCGCAGCAUGGCUAACCCAGACGAACUGGACAAGCUGAUCACCGACCGCCCAGAAAACUGCAGACGGAAGCCUCCAGAGCCCGGAAUGACCCGGCUGGCCGGCUGUACGACCGGUCUCCCGCUGCCGGUGCCGGCCCAGAUGCAGCCUCAGCCCAUAGUCACCCUGUCUCUGCCGUGUUUGCCCAUGCACCAGCACCACCAGCUUCAAGCUCAGCUCCAUGCUCAGGCUCGCCUGGGCCCCAUGUCCCCGGCCCCGGCCCAGACCCCCCCCCUGCACACGGUCCCUGACCUCUCCCACAGUCCGCUCACCCAGCAGCCCAGCAAGCCUCCUGAUGAUUUUUACAGCGUGCAGAGCGACACGAACACAGAGGUGGACGCACUGGACCCGAGCAUCAUGGACUUUGCUUUUCAAGGUAACCUGUGGGAAGAAAUGAAAGACGACAGCUUUAACCUGGACGCCUUGGGCACCUUCAGUAACUCCCCUCUGCGACUAUCAGACUGUGACUUGGGCUCGGUGAGCCUCCCUCCGGCCUCCAGCGGAGGCAGCGUGCCGCUGUCAGACGUCCAAGUAACGGGGCUAUACGCCUCCUACACCUCGCAGGAUCCCCUGACCUCCCAGUACAUGGCCAACCAACCCGCCAGCAAACCCAUCGCCCUGCUUUAAAGAAGCCAAACCUAAAUGAUUUUAAAUGAUUUCGUCUGGUUUGGUAUUUUUUUUUGUUUUGUUUUUAUUCCCCGCCUUUCUUUCGGACGCCAACUGAAGAAGUUUGAUUUCUUUUUGAAGAAAUGAACGUUCUGGGAACCUGGAGAGAAACAUUUUAUCCAACAAGAGAACAGCUUUUUAGGAACUAAAACCACAUAUAAACGGUGACCUGAAGAUGAAAUAUGUCAGACCUAAAAUCUUUAGUUUUGCCAAGCAAAUAAUGAAUAAAGACUGAGUGGAGAGCCGCAAGUAAAUGAGCUUUUACCUGUUCCUCUAUCGUUCUCCUGUCUGUGAUGUAGAUCAAAAACGCUUGUCUGUUGUAUUGUGCUAGACUUUAUUGCUGUGAUGUUUUAUUUAUAUUUAUAAAAGACAGCUGGAGAAGAUGAA